AAAGCUUUCAGCAAGCCCCUAGUGCACACAGCGUUCCCAAACAAGCCAAAUACUCCACGAAAACCUCUCUGCAGUUUUUAAACACUCUUCUGCUAAAAUUUAAUCUAAUUUCCAGAAAGCUCACUAAACUUCAAUCAAAAUAAAAAAUGGGUCUCAAGCAAGAAGAUAUACUUCUCAAUAACAGCACGAGGAACUUAAAUGCUUCUGAGAUAGCAGUGGACAAGCAAAAGCUUGCUGCUCCAAUCAAAACAGCUGUCGACAAGUUUCAACUUCUUCCGGAGUUUUUAAAGGUUAGAGGGUUAGUGAAGCAGCACUUGGAUUCAUUUAAUUAUUUCGUUAAUACUGGGAUAAAGAAGAUUGUUCGUGCCAAUGACCGGAUUGUGGCCGAUCUUGACCCCAGUAUUUACCUCAGGUUCAAAGAUGUUAGAAUUGGUGAUCCCUCCAUGACGGUUGAUGGGAUCAGUGAAAAAAUCAAUCCUCAUACAUGCCGAUUGUCAGAUAUGACGUAUUCUGCACCGAUAUUGGUCAACAUAGAGUACAUUCAUGGGAGUCAUGGGCAGAAAACUAGACUAGAAAAGAAUAAUCUUGUUAUCGGAAGAAUGCCCAUCAUGUUAAGGAGUUGCUGCUGCGUGUUGUAUGGAAAAGAUGAAGCUGAACUUGCAAGGCUUGGUGAGUGCCCUCUUGAUCCCGGAGGGUAUUUUGUCAUCAAAGGAACAGAGAAGGUGAUUUUAAUACAGGAACAACUCUCCAAGAAUAGGAUAAUUAUUGAUGCAGACAAGAAGGGAAAUAUAAAUGCAUCUGUGACAAGCAGUUCGGAGGCAACAAAAAGUAAAACAAUUAUUCAGAUGGAGAAAGAGAAGAUAUAUUUGUUACUCAACCAAUUUGCGAAAAAGAUCCCUAUCAUGGUGGUCAUGAAAGCGAUGGGGAUGGAGAGUGAUCAAGAGGUUGUGCAGAUGGUUGGUAGAGAUCCUCGUUACAGUGCCCUUCUCUUGCCUUCUAUAGAGGAAUGUGCAAGUGUGGGCAUAUAUACCCGGGAACAAGCAUUGGCGUACCUUGAUACGAAGACGACAAAGUCUCUUUAUGCUGGUCCCGGAUCUAGCGAGGAAGGGAAAGCUUUUUCUAUCCUCCGAGAUGUGUUUCUUGCCAAUGUUCCAGUAUCUUGCAAUAAUUUUCGUCCAAAAUGUUUGUAUGUUGCGGUAAUGCUUAGAAGGAUGAUGGAGGCAAUCUUAAACAAGGAUGCCAUGGAUGACAAGGAUUAUGUGGGGAACAAGCGUCUCGAGUUAUCAGGACAAUUAAUCUCUCUUCUCUUUGAGGAUUUGUUCAAGACCACGAUUGCUGAGGUUAAGAAGAAUAUUAAUCUUAUCCUGUCAAAGGCCAGCAGAUCUAGUGUUUUAGAUCCCUCUAGUAUUUUGCUUGGUAAAGACAUCAUUUCGAUGGGGCUUGAAAGGACCCUUUCAACUGGGAACUUUGAUAUCAAGCGGUUCAGAAUGCACAGAAAAGGCAUGACACAGAUCCUGGCAAGGUUAUCCUUUAUUGGGACUUUGGGCUUCAUGACAAAAGUCUCCCCACAAUUUGAGAAGUCUCGGAAAGUAAGUGGACCAAGGGCCUUGCAACCUAGUCAGUGGGGUAUGCUUUGCCCUUGUGAUACUCCUGAAGGUGAAGCCUGUGGACUGGUUAAAAACUUAGCCUUAAUGACUCAUGUUACAACCGAUGAGGAUGAGGGCCCUUUGAUUUCUUUGUGUUAUUGCUUGGGCGUUGAAGACUUGGAGCUACUAUCUGGUGAAGAGCUUCAUACACCAAAUUCAUUCCUGGUUAUGUUAAAUGGGCUCAUUCUGGGAAAACAUAGAAGGCCACAGCAUUUUGCUAUUGCUAUGAGAAAGUUGCGAAGAGCUGGCAAAGUUGGAGAGUUUGUGAGUGUCUUUGUAAAUGAGAAGCAGCGGUGUGUUUACAUUGCUUCUGAUGGAGGUCGAGUUUGUAGACCCUUGGUAAUAGCUGACAAGGGAAUAUCAAGGAUCAAAGAACACCAUAUGAAGCAGUUGUUGGAUGGAGUUCGAACUUUUAAUGACUUUUUAAGUGAUGGUUUGGUGGAGUAUCUUGAUGUCAACGAGGAAAACAAUGCUCUGAUUGCUUUGUAUGAAGGAGAGGCGACACCUGAAACAACCCAUAUUGAGAUAGAGCCUUUCACGAUCUUAGGUAUUAUUGCCGGGUUGAUUCCAUAUCCUCAUCAUAAUCAGUCACCAAGAAAUACGUAUCAGUGUGCAAUGGGGAAGCAAGCAAUGGGAAAUAUUGCAUAUAAUCAGUUGUGCCGGAUGGACUCAUUACUUUAUCUAUUGGUGUAUCCACAGAGGCCUUUAUUGACAACAAGGACAAUUGAAUUGGUUGGAUAUGAUAAACUUGGAGCUGGUCAGAAUGCAACUGUUGCAGUCAUGAGUUAUAGUGGUUAUGACAUAGAGGAUGCUAUUGUCAUGAACAAGUCUUCUCUAGACCGGGGUUUUGGUCGUUGUAUUGUGAUGAAAAAGUAUGCUCACGUUAUUGAAAAAUAUCGAGGUGCAUCCGAUAGACUUCUUACGCCACUGAGAACCGGAUCUGGUUCAGAGAGGAUGCAGAAAUUAGAUAAUGAUGGAAUUGCCACUCCUGGGGAGAUUAUUAGACCAAAAGAUGUCCUCCUUAAUAAGGAGGUCCCUAUUUAUAAAAGUGGGAGUUCUGUAUCUUCAGAAUCUCUACGGGAUAGUGCUUAUAGACCUGCAAAGGAAUAUUAUAAAGGUCCUGAAGGAGAGACAUGUGUGCUAGAUAGAGUUUCUCUGAGCAAUGAUAGGAACGGAAAUCCAUCGAUAAAAUUUUUAAUACGCCACACGCGUAGACCUGAGCUUGGUGACAAAUUUAGUAGCAGACAUGGCCAAAAAGGUGUUUGUGGCAUUAUCAUUCAACAGGAGGAUUUCCCCUUUUCAGAGCGUGGAAUUUGCCCUGAUCUAAUUAUGAAUCCUCAUGGUUUUCCAAGUCGAAUGACUGUAGGCAAGAUGAUAGAGCUUCUUGGAAGCAAAGCUGGAGUUUCAUGUGGUAGGUUCCAUUACGGUAGUGCCUUUGGGGAGCCCAGUGGUCAUGCGGACAAGGUUGAAACUAUAAGUGAAACCCUCAUCAAGCACGGUUUCAGCUACAACGGCAAGGAUUUCAUAUAUUCAGGUAUCACAGGUUGUCCGUUGCAGGCAUAUAUUUUUAUGGGACCAAUUUACUACCAGAAGUUAAAGCAUAUGGUCCUGGAUAAAAUGCAUGCCAGAGGUAAUGGGCCCCGAGUUAUGAUCACGAGACAGCCUACUGAAGGGAGAGCUCGAAAAGGAGGGUUACGAGUUGGUGAAAUGGAACGCGAUUGUCUAAUUGCUUAUGGUGCCAGUAUGUUGAUUUUUGAGCGCCUGAUGAUAUCCAGUGAUCCUUUUGAAGUCCAGGUUUGCAGAAAAUGUGGUUUGUUAGGAUACUACAGUCAUAAGCUGAAAACCGGGAUUUGUUCCUCAUGUAAAAAUGGCAAUAAUGUUUCUACUAUGAAGCUACCAUAUGCAUGCAAGCUUUUAAUCCAGGAACUCCAAUCAAUGAAUAUUGUUCCGCGUUUGAAAUUAGCAGAGGCUUGACGUGAUCAUAUGCUCGGACAUUUUCGAGUUGAUAAGCAUUUGAACUGUUAUAUUGUA